GAGAUUAUAAUACAGAAUGUAUCAAGUGUCUUAAGAAAAUAUAGAGUCCCUGCUCCUAUCUUGAUAAAAAAUGUCUCUCAGUGAAAUCCAAGCGUCUUCCCUCACGUGUGUGUGCGUGCGCGCAAAUUACACAAUGUCUUUUUCAUUGUUGUGAAACAGAUAAAGUUACAUCCGGAUUAAAAACGCUCUAUUUGUCUUUUCUCUAAUACGAGCCAGAUGUUGUACCUCCAGCACCGGCCCGCUGUCACUCAAGCCGCCUCUGGCCAAUGAGAGCGGGCCUAAACUCCUCCCUCCCCUCCCUGCGGAGUAUCAGAGGCUCGCCGGAGAAGAGGAGAGCUCUCCUUCUUUCUGCUGCUCUCCCCGAGUCCAUCCGUACCUCUCUCCCGCUGCUCCCUCUCAGAGUGCAGAGCUGCUCAAUCACCGCCCAGCUCUACAAUGCAGAGAGGGGAAAUGUUGGCUGCGUGUCUGCUCUGCUGGAGCUGCAGCCUGUGUGUGGUUACAGCCAUCCGGAGGGCUGAUAUGUUUCCUUAUGGCACUUUGAGUGGAGAUUUGAUUUUGGCAGAGGGCGACGAUGAAACCUCCAGAGUGCUGUCCCUGCCCAAACCCUUAUACUUCUACGCUUCCCACUUCACCCAGCUAUAUGUGGCUACCAAUGGUAUCAUAUCAGCCCAGGAUCUGCCGAUGGAAAAGCAGUAUGUUGACGACGGCUUCCCCACAGAUUUCCCUGUGGUGGCACCGUUUCUGGCCGACAUUGACACCAGCGGAGGACGUGGACAGAUUUACUACAGAGUGACCGAAACACCCAGCGUGCUCAACAGAGUGGCCCAGGAAGUCCAUCGAGGGUUCCCAGAUGCAAAAUUCACGCCCACAUAUGCUGUGGUGGCUACAUGGGAGCACGUCGCUCCAUAUGAGGAACAAAGUCGAACCACUGGACCUUCAAACAAGGUCAAUACGUUCCAGGCAGUGAUUGGUUACGAUGAGACAGACUCGUACGUUCUCUUCCUCUACCCUGAAGGUGGUCUGAACUUCUUUGGGACACGCCCUAAGGAGUCAUAUAACGUUGAGAUUGAGCUUCCUGCCAGAGUUGGCUUCAGCAGAGGAGAGGUCCCAUAUCUGAUCUUCUCCAGAACCGAGGGGCCUCACUACAGCGUUACCAGCGAUGAGCAGAGUGUUAAAAACCUCUACCAGGUCGGUAACACAGGAAUUCCAGGGGUUUGGCUUUUCCACACUGGAAACCGUUACUCUUUCAACAACAUUGUUCCUGCAUCCAUUGGUGGCCUCCUUGCUACUCUACCACCUGGAGCACUCUCUCUGGACACCACCACCCCUGAGUACACUGAGUUUGAGGAAUAUACAGACAACAGUUUUGACCCCGAUAACCAGGAGGAAGAGGAUGAUUACCCUCUGACAGGCGGAGACCCUGAAUUCCAGCCAGCGCCUGCCGGUGGUGACCAUUUGGGGACCCCUCCACCAGCAAGUCCCAACGCUCCCUCCUCCCCUUCAGAGGAAUCUGGUCCUCAGGUGUCAUACGGCAGCAAACAUGACGGCCAAAUAGCCAGGUUCAUUACAGAUCCAGUAUACAGCCAAGAUGUCCCACCAGCAGGACCUAAAGGACAGCAACCAGAGGUUCCUCUGGAGGUGGUGGAUAUCUACCCCCCUUACAAUAAUGAACCCAACCUUUCCCCCGGGGGUCACGUUAUCAGCGUCGAUGAAGGCGAUGUCGAUGAUAUCGAAACAGGAGUGAUUCAGUACACCACGGAGAAUAAGGAAACAUGUGCCAGAUUCCAGCAGCAGUGCUCCCAGAACGCAAUUUGCUCCGACUACGCCACAGGCUACUGCUGUCACUGCCAGUCUGGCUUCUAUGGAAAUGGACGUCACUGUCUACCUGAAGGUGCUCCACAGCGUGUCAGUGGAAAGAUGAGUGGAACGGUGACGGUGGGUUCGACUCCAGUGGAGCUGAACAACAUUGAUCUUCAUGCCUACGUCGUGGUUGGAGAUGGGAGAGCGUACACUGCCAUCAGCGAGGUACCUGAGCCAGUGGGCUGGGCUCUGAUGCCACUUGCACCAAUAGGAGAGCUAUUUGGAUGGCUGUUUGCUCUGGAGCUGCCCAAUAGCCAAGCAGGAUUCAAAAUCACAGGGGCUGAGUUCACUCGUCGUGCAGAGGUUAUCUUCUAUCCCGGCAACCAGCGCCUGUCAAUCACCCAGACGGGUCGUGGCCUUGAUGACCACAACCACCUCACCGUGGAUACCGUAGUCAGCGGGAGCGUGCCUUUCCUGCCCCCUGGAGCUGAAGUCACCAUGGAUCCCUUCAAGGAGACCUAUCAGUACUACCCAUCUGUCGCCACCUCCACCUCUGUGAGGGAGUAUUCGGUCGUUUCGGCAGAGCGAGGCUCAGAGUCCUUCUCCUUCCAGCUGAAGCAGAACAUCACGUACCGUGACUGUCGACACGACAACCGCGCCACCACCCUGGAGACGCUGCAGAUCACCAUGGAGAGGGUGUUUGUAAUGUACGUGAAGGAGGAGCGCAUCCUGAGAUAUGCCAUCACCAACAAAAUCAGCCCGGUCGGAGCUGAGAUAACAAGACCGGAGCUGGUCAACCCCUGCUAUGCUGGGACCCACGACUGUGACACCACAGCCCAGUGCAUCCCACAGGAGGGCCAGGCCUUCCAGUGCCAGUGUGCUACUGGUUACAGAGGGGAUGGACGCAACUGUUACGACAUAGAUGAAUGUACCGAGAGCUUGAUUUCAUGCGGCGCUCAUGCUCAGUGUGUGAACCUGCCGGGUAGCCACCGCUGCCAGUGCCAGAGUGGCUAUGAGCUUGGCUUUGAUGGGCGGACCUGUGUCGAUAUAGAUGAGUGCAGCUCCUCUCCAUGUCACAUCAGUGCCAGAUGUAUCAAUGGACUGGGUUCCUUCCAGUGUCAGUGCCAGCCUGGGUUUUAUGGUGAUGGUUUCUACUGUUCGCAGCAGGGAGCCCAGACAGUUCGCCCCAAGAGCCAGUGUGAGCAGCACAGAGACAGUCUGCAGAGCGGAGAAGGUGGUCGACCGAGUGUUGGCGCCUUCAUCCCUCAAUGCGACUCUGACGGACGGUACCGCACACUGCAGUGUCAUGGCUCCACUGGACAUUGUUGGUGUGUGGACAGUAGGGGACAGGAGAGAGCAGGAACCAGGACUCCACCUGGUACAGCACCCAGAGACUGUGACAGACCAGAUGAACCAGAGCGUCCUAAAACUCACUGUGAACACCACAGAGACAGUGUACAGACUACCAGUCCAGAGGGAUAUCCUAUAGCUGGAGUGUUUGUACCCCAGUGUGAUGAUAAUGGACAGUACAUACCUUUGCAGUGUCAUGGUUCCACUGGAUAUUGUUGGUGUGUGCAAAAUAACGGACAAGAGAUAGCCGGAACAAGAACAGUGCCGGGUGAAACACCCACAAACUGUGACAACCCAGUAGAACCAGAGCGUCCUAAAACUCACUGUGAGCACCACAGAGACAGUGUACAGACUACCAGUCCAGAGGGAUAUCCUAUUGUCGGAGCUUAUGUACCACAGUGUGAUGCCAAUGGACAGUACAGACCACUACAAUGCCACGGCUCUUCUGGACAUUGUUGGUGUGUGGACAGUACAGGACAGGAGAGAGCAGGAACCAGGACUCCACCUGGUACACCAACUGUAGACUGUGACAGACCAGAUGAACCAGAGCGUCCUAAAACUCAAUGUGAAUACCACAGAGACAGCGCACAGGCUACUAGUCCAGAAGGAUAUCCUAUACCUGGAGUAUAUGUACCCCAAUGUGAUGCUAAUGGACAGUACAGUCCCCUGCAGUGUCAUGGCUCGACCGGACAUUGCUGGUGUGUAGACAGUAUUGGACAGGAAAGAGAAGGAACCAGGACAUCGCCUGGUGCACCGCCAACAGAUUGUGACAAACCAGAUGAACCAGAGCGUCCUAAAACUCACUGUGAGCACCACAGAGACAGUGUACAGACUACCAGUCCAGAGGGAUAUCCUAUAGUUGGAGCAUAUGUACCCCAGUGUGAUGAUAACGGACAGUACAGACCACAGCAGUGCCACGGCUCUUCUGGACACUGUUGGUGUGUGGACAGUACAGGACAGGAGAGAGCAGGAACCAGGACUCCACCUGGUACACCAAGUGUAGACUGUGACAGACCAGAUGAACCAGCACGUCCUAAAACUCACUGUGAGCAGCACAGAGACAGUGUACAGACUACCAGUCCAGAGGGAUAUCCUCUAUUAGGAGCCUUUGUACCCCAGUGUGAUGAUAACGGACAGUACACAUCUCAACAGUGCUACAGUUCCACUGGACAAUGUUGGUGUGUGGACGCCAGGGGAGAGGAGAGAGACGGAACCAGGACUGGACCUGGUACACCUCCUGUAGACUGUGACAGACCAGUAGAACCAGAGCGUCCUAAAACUCACUGUGAGCACCACAGAGACAGUGUACAGACUACCAGUCCAGAGGGAUAUCCUAUAGUUGGAGCAUAUGUACCCCAGUGUGAUGAUAACGGACAGUACAGACCACAGCAGUGCCACGGCUCUUCUGGACACUGUUGGUGUGUGGACAGUACAGGACAGGAGAGAGCAGGAACCAGGACUCCACCUGGUACACCAAGUGUAGACUGUGACAGACCAGAUGAACCAGCACGUCCUAAAACUCACUGUGAGCAGCACAGAGACAGUGUACAGACUACCAGUCCAGAGGGAUAUCCUCUAUUAGGAGCCUUUGUACCCCAGUGUGAUGAUAACGGACAGUACACAUCUCAACAGUGCUACAGUUCCACUGGACAAUGUUGGUGUGUGGAUGCUAGGGGAGAGGAGAGAGACGGAACCAGGACUGGACCUGGUACACCUCCUGUAGACUGUGACAGACCAGUAGAACCAGAGCGUCCUAAAACUCACUGUGAGCAGCACAGAGACAGUGUGCAGACUACCAGUCCAGAGGGAUAUCCUAUAGUUGGAGUGUUUGUACCUCAGUGUGAUUCAAAUGGACAAUACAGAUCUCAACAGUGCCAUGGUUCCACUGGACAUUGUUGGUGUGUGGACGGUAGGGGGCAGGAGAGAGCAGGAACCAGGACUCCACCUGGUACAGCACCCAGAGACUGUGACAGACCAGAUGAACCAGAGCGUCCUAAAACUCACUGCGAGCAGCACAGAGACAGUGUGCAGACUACCAGUCCAGAGGGAUAUCCUCUAUUAGGAGCCUUUGUACCUCAGUGUGAUGAUAACGGACAGUACACAUCUCAACAGUGCUACAGUUCCACUGGACAAUGUUGGUGUGUGGAUGCCAGGGGAGAGGAGAGAGACGGAACCAGGACUGGACCUGGUACACCUCCUGUAGACUGUGACAGACCAGUAGAACCAGAGCGUCCUAAAACUCACUGUGAGCAGCACAGAGACAGUGUACAGACUACCAGUCCAGAGGGAUAUCCUAUACCAGGAGUGUUUGUACCUCAGUGUGAUUCAAAUGGACAAUACAGAUCUCAACAGUGUCACGGUUCCACUGGACAUUGUUGGUGUGUGGACGGUAGGGGGCAGGAGAGAGCAGGAACCAGGACUCCACCUGGUACACCAAGUGUAGACUGUGACAGACCAGCUGAACCAGAGCGUCCUAAAACUCACUGCGAAUACCACAGAGAGAGAGCACAGGCUACCAGUUCAGAAGGAUAUCCUAUAGUUGGAGCUUAUGUACCCCAAUGCGAUGCUAAUGGACAAUACCAACCACUGCAGUGCCGCGGCUCUUCUGGACAUUGCUGGUGUGUGGACAGUAGAGGACAGGAGAGAGCAGGAACCAGGACUCCACCUGGUACACAACCUAAAGACUGUGACAAACCAGAUGAACCAGAGCGUCCUAAAACUCACUGCGAGCAGCACAGAGACAGUGUGCAGACUACCAGUCCAGAGGGAUAUCCUAUACCAGGAGUGUUUGUACCUCAGUGUGAUUCAAAUGGACAAUACACAUCUCAACAGUGCCACGGCUCCACUGGACAUUGUUGGUGUGUGGACGGUAGGGGGCAGGAGAGAGCAGGAACCAGGACUCCACCUGGUACACCAAGUGUAGACUGUGACAGACCAGCUGAACCAGAGCGUCCUAAAACUCACUGCGAAUACCACAGAGAGAGAGCACAGGCUACCAGUUCAGAAGGAUAUCCUAUAGUUGGAGCUUAUGUACCACAAUGCGAUGCUAAUGGACAGUACCAACCACUGCAGUGCCACGGCUCUUCUGGACGUUGUUGGUGUGUGGACAGUAGAGGACAGGAGAGAGCAGGAACCAGGACUCCACCUGGUACACAACCUAAAGACUGUGACAAACCAGAUGAACCAGCACGUCCUAAAACUCACUGUGAGCAGCACAGAGACAGUGUACAGACUACCAGUCCAGAGGGAUAUCCUCUCUUAGGAGCCUUUGUACCUCAGUGUGAUGAUAACGGACAGUACACAUCUCAACAGUGCUACAGUUCCACUGGACAAUGUUGGUGUGUGGACGCCAGGGGAGAGGAGAGAGACGGAACCAGGACUGGACCUGGUACACCUCCUGUAGACUGUGACAGACCAGUCCCUGUGGCUCCGACCCAGCGCCCUGAGAGUGUGUGUGAGCGAUGGAAGGCCAGUUUGAUUGAGCAUUACGGCGGAAAACCGGAGUCACAGCAAUACGUGCCCCAGUGUGAUCCAGAUGGUGAAUUCAGUCCAGUGCAGUGUUAUGGAGAGACCACCUACUGCUGGUGUGUGGACCAGGACGGGCGAGAGGUCCCUGGCACCCGAUCACACAGUGCAGUCAAACCUGCAUGCCUCCCCUCAGUGGCCCCGCCCACUGUGCGUCCAUUGCCCCGCCCAAGUGUGACCCCUCCCACAAACACUGACAUCACACUGCUGUACGCUCAGGGACAGAAAAUAGGAGCGUUGCCUCUGAAGGGGACCAAACUGGAUGCAAGCGAGUCCAAAACACUGCUGACUCUACAUGGUUCCAUAGUUGUCGGUAUAGCCUAUGACUGCAAAGAGAACCGAGUCUAUUGGACAGAUCUGUCUGCAAGAACAAUCAACAGAGCCUCAAUGGAGCCUGGAGCGGAGCCUGAGAUCCUCAUUAACACAAAUCUGGUCAGUCCAGAGGGCUUGGCGGUGGACGUCAAACGUAGGCGCAUGUUCUGGGUCGACUCAAACCCAGACAUGAUUGAGACCGCCAACCUGGACGGCAGCGGGAGGCGGACGCUGUUUGACACAGACUUGGUCAACCCCCGCGCCAUCAUAGUGGUCUCUUCCACCGGCACUCUGUACUGGACAGACUGGAACAGAGAGGCUCCGAAGAUCGAGAGCUCAACGGUGGACGGUCAGAACCGCAAAGUGGUGGUGUCAGACGGGAUCGGUUUGCCAAACGCUCUCACCUAUGACUCGUCUUCAGGACAAGUCUGCUGGGCUGAUGCAGGUACGAAGCGCUUGGAGUGUGUCUCCCCGGAUGGUUCAGGUCGCAAAGUGAUCCACUCCAGCCUCAACUACCCGUUCAGCAUGGUCUACUACAAGAACCACUUCUAUUACACUGACUGGAGGAGGGACGGAGUGAUCGCAGUGAGCAAAGACAGCAGUCAGUUCACUGAUGAAUACCUCCCUGACCAGCGCUCUCACCUGUACGGCAUCGCCAUAGCAACCAGCCAAUGUCUAUAAGGGAGCCACUAACGACGGACUGGCAGCCGCGGGGUCCUUUGGUGCUAAAGUUCUGGGGUGAUUCCUGAUCAGAGGGCAGGAGCAGCAGAAGUGUCCUCUCCAGUGUCCCUCAGAAGAAAGGACACUCAGUAGGAAGCGAGAUGGCUUCCUCUUGCCAGAUGAACCAUCAGAGCAAAUUUACAACCCCUCCACUCACCCUGACCCCACCCCCAUUAUCUCACCUUAAAGAUAUAACCCCAAAAUAAUGUUUUGUAAAUUUGUUUUAUACCUCAUUUUUAGUUUUUUUUUUUUUUUUCUACUGUAUUUUUGUACGUGAGCUAUUUUAGUUUUUCUAUCGAUUAAAGAUCCAGAAAACACAGAGCGAUGAAAUCAGAUCUUAAAAUGUGUUAAGAGUGUCAAGCCAAAGAAUGAAGAGCUUUAAAAACGUGUCUUAUCACAUUUGUUUUUGAUCAGCUGGACACAGUGGCUUUAAACACAGGCUAAUUAUUCAGU